GAAAUAUUUCGUUCUUUCUUUCCUUUUCUGCCGCUGCAAUUUGCAAUUUUUGAGGCAACCAUGGACGAGUUUAACAAUGUUGACUGGGAUGACAAUGAUAAAGCACCAACGACACAUGAGGAUGCUCCAGCCGUAUUCGACCCAUUAAGUGACAUGACAGAAGCAUUGGGUGAGACCCUGCCUUCUGCUCACUCCUCUAGUCAUGACCCUCACGAGGAGAUACGGCCCACGCUGAAUUUCUCGACCACGUUACCCCUGGAAACUCCUAAUGUCCUUCACGAUGUUUUUGAUGACACUGUAAAUCAUGCCGACGAUCACGCUUCACCCGCUGAAGCAAGUAGUAGUAGCAGUAGUCAACCCUAUUACCAGCAAAUCCACGAAACAAAGCCAAAACAACAAUAUCAAAUUGCCAUCACCGAACCACGCAAGGAAAACGAUGGACAACAAGGAACGUAUAUAUCGUACAACGUCCAAUCCAAUAAAGCCAUUGUUCGUCGACGAUUUCAAGAUUUUGUUUGGUUGCAUAAUGUAUUGUUUGUGCAUUAUCCCGCUUGUUUUGUACCGCCGUUGCCUGAUAAACACCGCAUGGAAUAUGUGAAGGGCGAUCGAUUUAGCAAAGAAUUCAUUGAACGUCGGCGAGUGAGCUUGGAGCGAUUUUUAAUGCGUAUUGCGCGGCAUCCCAUCCUUGGCAAGUCCGAAUUUUUUGUCAUGUUUUUGGAGAGUCCUGGCUUUAAUGAUGCUUCGGCAAGAUCGCUGAGAGAAGGACAAGAAACAGUGAUGGAUACCCUUGGCGAUUCCCUUUUAAAUGCAUUCGCCAAAAUCCGGAAACCUGAUCAACGAUUUAUUGAUAUGCGUGAACACAUCCAUCGUCUGGAAGAAAAUUUGGCUCUCCUAGAGAAAACACUCGCGCGGACAAACAAACGUACCGAAGAUUUGUCGCAUGAUUACGAGGAAUUUGCCGAGUGUAUUCGAGGACUGGCCGAUCUCGAAACCAACAUCACCCCCAUUAUCCAACAAUUUGCAGAUGCGAAUACUGCCUACGCGAGCAAUAUGAAAGAAUUGUCGGUCCACGAAUUAAAUUGGUUGGGCGAGAUUCACGAUUACAUGGCAUACUACAACGUGCUCAAGGGCGUGCUUAAACUGCGGGAUCAGAAGCAGCUCGAUUUUGAAGAAUUGACGGAUUACCUCCAAUCCAGCAUCAAGGAACGGGAAAAGAUGAUACAACCUAGACAUGAAAGCUACAAUAUCACCGGUUACUUCACCGACAAAUUAAACGAAGUACGAGGCGCAGAUACCGAAAAAGUGCGACGAGAAAAAAUGCUGCGGUUAGAUGACCGCAUACGAGAGCUACAAGAGGCUAUAAAGGAGACAAACCAAGUGUCCAAUGCGUUUAGCGAUCAGGUGCAAAAGGAAGACGAGUAUUUUGCCAAAAACCAAAGGGCCGAAAUGCAUGAUGUCCUGAAAAGCUACACAGAUGCCAAAGUGGACUUUUAUCAAAAGGGGGCCGACUUGUGGCGUGACAUUGUUCAAGCAUUAGAAAAUGAACAACAAUAGUACUGUUGUCCUUUUCUUUCCCUAUUAGACAUCCAUCGUAUCUAUAUCGUAUAUAAAAAUAAUGGAAGAGUGGCUAACUUCUGUCUAC